UUGGUGACGUCUAUUUCUUCUUACUUUCAAAACAAAUGGUUUUUCAUUAGAUUUGGUCCUAGUUAGUAAAAUUUUGGGAUAACUAUUUCCAACGAAAAUACUUUUGCAAAAAAGGUCUUCAACAAUGGCAUCCUUAAUGUUGAUGAAAAACACUAUUGCUGCAAGGAGCAAUAUACAACCAUUGGGAAUUUUGAUCCUCCGAUCACCUUAUUCCACUGACGGUCCUCGACCACUGAAGUCCACGAACCUCUCAUCCAUUAAAAGAGGAACAGGCGGUCGUAGCAGUUUCAAUGGAAUUGUUGCCACUGUCUUCGGUUGCACUGGCUUUGUCGGGCGGUAUGUGUGCAACAAACUUGGCAAAGUUGGCACUCAAAUGAUUCUUCCCUACCGAGCCGAUCACGGUGAAGCUAUUCGCCUAAAGGUCUCUGGGGAUUUAGGACAAGUUCUUUUCCAUUUUUACAACUUGAAAGAUGAGAACUCCAUUCGCGAAGCUGUGAAGUAUUCCAAUGUGGUUGUCAAUUUAGUGGGCCGUGAUUUCGAAACUAAGAACUAUAAGUUUAAAGAUGUACACGUAACUGGAGCCAGGAAUAUUGCCAGAAUUUGCAAAGAAAUGGGCGUAGAACGUCUAAUUCAUCUAUCCGCACUCAAUGCCGAAGCAAAUCCUAAAGGACAUGUUUUGGAAAACGGAAGCAAUUUCUUAAGAAGUAAAUAUUUCGGGGAACUUGCGGUGAGGGAAGAAUUUCCAGAUGCAACCAUUAUUCGCCCAUCCGAUAUUUACGGGUCAGAAGAUAGGUUCUUGCGUUACUACGCUCACAUUUGGCGACGUCAAUUCCGUGCAUUCCCUCUUUGGUAUAAAGGAGAACGUACUGUGAAACAGCCGGUUUAUGUAAGCGACAUUGCUCAGGCAAUUGUCAACUGUGCCAGGGAUCCGGACACUGCAGGAAAGGUGUACCAAGCUGUGGGACCUAAGCGCUAUCUUUUGAGUGAUUUAGUUGACUGGUUCCACCGUGUUAUGCGAAAAGACGAGAAAUGGUGGGGAUAUAUGCGUUAUGAUAUGCGUUUUGACCCAACUUUUUUAAUGAAAGCUAAGUUGACGGAACUUAUUUGUCCUGGCAACCCAAUUGGAGAACUUCAUAUGGAACGCAUUGAGCGCGAGUGCAUUACUGAUAAUGUUUUGAGUGGUGUCCCCACUCUUGAAGAUUUAGGUGUACAGUUGACCACUAUGGAAAGCCAAGUACCAUGGGAACUUAGGCCAUAUAGAGCUGCUUUGUACUACGACGCCGAAUUGGGAGAAUUUGAAACACCGGCACCUCCCAAAACUCUAAAUCCACGCGAGGAAAUGAGACUUUUUGGUUAAACGAACAUACACAAUUUUAAUUGAAGCGGUUGAAGCGAUCAAUAAAAUAAAUUAUUAAAACACA